AUGACCGCCGGAAAGACUUCUAUCAAGGUUAGACAAUUCUUCACUAACAGACUUUUGAACAGAAAGCAAUUCGUUGUUGACAUCCUCCACCCAGGUCAACCAUCCCUUUCUUCUGCUCAAUUGAAGGAAAAGUUGGCUGAACAAUUCAAGGUUGCUAACCCACAAACUAUCAUGUUGACUGGUUUCAAGACUAAGUUCGGUGGUGGUAAGAGCUCUGGUUUUGCUAACAUCUACGAUUCCAUCCAAGAUAUCAAGCUCGUUGAAGCCAAGCACAAGUUGGCUAGAAACAAGCUCAUCACCCUCAAGAAGGACGGUAGAAGAUUGAAGAAGGAAAAGAAGAACAGAGCCGCUGCUGUUCGUGGUAAGGAAAAGACUAAGGUCAAGGGUGCCAACAAGAAGUAA